UGUGUCUGGUGGGUGGUCCCGAGGCCGUGGAGGUUGGCGGCUGUUGAGCGGUUGUCGCGGUAAAGGCCUAGAGUGGAACAUCUCUGUGGGAAGAGAGAAUGAGUUUAGCUCUGAGAGGUGAGCUUGUAGUAGACAAAACAAAAAGGAAAAAACGAAGAGAGCUCUCUGAAGAACAGAAGCAAGAAAUUAAAGAUGCUUUUGAGCUGUUUGAUACGGACAAAGACCAAGCCAUAGAUUAUCAUGAAUUAAAGGUGGCAAUGAGAGCCUUGGGCUUUGAUGUGAAAAAGGCUGAUGUGUUGAAGAUUCUUAAAGAUUAUGACAGAGAAGCCACAGGCAAGAUCACAUUUGAAGAUUUUAAUGAAGUUGUGACAGACUGGAUACUAGAGAGAGAUCCACAUGAGGAGAUACUGAAAGCAUUUAAACUAUUUGAUGAUGACGAUUCCGGAAAGAUAAGCUUGAGGAAUUUACGGCGUGUUGCCCGAGAGCUGGGUGAGAACAUGAGCGAUGAGGAGCUCCGGGCCAUGAUAGAGGAGUUUGACAAAGACGGCGAUGGAGAGAUAAAUCAAGAGGAAUUCAUUGCUAUUAUGACUGGUGACAUAUAAAGAAUUACAAGAUUCAACACCAAAAUGUUACUAUUACCAUCUAUCUUCUCUUUCUGUGCCUGGAGUCCAGUUUAAGAAAAUGAAACAAAACAAUCAAACGUAGUUCUUUUUUUGAAAGGAACAAAACCAAGCAUCCUUUGUAUGUAUAUUUCAAUAUUGUUAAGUUUUUGUCAUCAAUGUAGUAGUUGACUUCACAUUUAUAAUACAUGUUUAUAUAAAGUUUUAAAACAUCAAAUCAUGUGGUGUAUAUUAUUUGGAGGCUUCUAAAUUUAGCACUAGCUAAUUGCUUUUAUUUUCAUGCACAUUUUUUGACAUUCAUUAAUAAAAUACUUAUUUUAUUAGUAUCUUAAUGUUUGGUAAAUUUUUUAUUUUAGAUUUCUGAUAUCUAUUAACAAUAGAUUCUAAAAAAAUCUUUUUACACUUUUACUUGUAUUUGAAAAUAAAUCAGAAAAA